UCCGGGCCCCACGCUACCGGAAGCGGAAAUAGCACCCGGCGAAGCCAGAGUUACCAUAACUGCCACCGAGAUGCCGAAGGGGCCCAAGCAGCAGCCGCCGGAGCCCGAGUGGAUCGGGGACAGAGAGACCACGGGCCCCACAGACAAAGUGGUGAAGAAAGGGAAGAAGGACAAGAAGACCAAAAAGACGUUCUUCGAGGAGCUGGCAGUAGAAGACAGACAGGCUGGGGAAGAAGAGAAAGUGCUAAAGGAGAAGGAGCAGCAGCAGCAGCAGCAGGUACGGCAGCAAAAAAAGAAGCGAGACACCCGUAAAGGGAGGCGGAAAAAGGAUGUGGAUGAUGACGGAGAGGAGAAGGAGCUCAUGGAGCGUCUUAAGAAGCUCUCAGUACCAGCCAGCGAUGAGGAGGAUGAGGUGCCUGCCCCAGUACCCCGAGGAGGGAAGAAAACCAAGGGUGGUAAUGUUUUUGCAGCCCUGAUUCAGGAUCAGAGUGAAGACGAGGAGGAGGAAGAAAAACAUCCUCCUAAGCCGGCCAAGCCAGAGAAGAAUCGGAUCAAUAAGGCUGUAUCUCAGGAACAACAGCCAGGGUUGAAGGGCAAAAAGACAAAGGAGGAGAAGUCAAAGGGGAAGGCCAAGCCUCAAAAUAAAUUUGCUGCUCUGGAGAGUGAAGAGGAGGAGGAUGAAGAGGAAGUAACAAAAGAAAAGGAACCGCCCAAGCAAGGGAAGGAGAAGGCCAAGAAGGCAGAGCAGGGCUCAGAGGAAGGAGAAGAGGAGGAGGAAGAAGGGGAGUCCAAGGCCGACGACCCCUAUGCUCAUCUUAGCAAAAAGGAGAAGAAGAAACUCAAGAAACAAAUGGAGUAUGAGCGUCAGGUGGCUUCGUUAAAAGCAGCCAAUGCUGCUGAAAAUGACUUCUCUGUGUCGCAAGCAGAGGUGUCUUCCCGCCAGGCCAUGCUAGAAAAUGCCUCUGACAUCAAGCUGGAGAAGUUCAGCAUCUCGGCCCACGGCAAGGAGCUGUUUGUCAACGCAGACCUGUACAUCGUCGCUGGCCGCCGCUACGGGCUGGUGGGACCCAAUGGCAAGGGCAAGACCACUCUCCUCAAGCACAUCGCCAACCGAGCCCUGAGCAUCCCUCCCAACAUCGACGUGCUGCUGUGCGAGCAGGAGGUGGUAGCUGACGAGACGCCAGCCGUGCAGGCUGUCCUUCGAGCGGACACCAAGCGCUUGAAGCUGCUGGAAGAGGAACGUCGGCUUCAGGGACAGCUGGAGCAGGGCGACGAUGCGGCUGCUGAGAGGCUCGAGAAGGUGUACGAGGAAUUGCGGGCCACUGGGGCGGCCGCUGCAGAGGCCAAAGCCCGCCGGAUCCUGGCCGGCCUGGGCUUUGACCCUGAAAUGCAGAAUCGACCCACACAGAAGUUCUCGGGGGGCUGGCGCAUGCGUGUCUCCUUGGCCAGGGCGUUGUUCAUGGAACCCACGCUGCUGAUGUUGGACGAGCCCACCAACCACCUGGACCUCAACGCUGUCAUCUGGCUCAACAACUACCUCCAGGGCUGGCGGAAGACGCUGCUCAUCGUCUCCCAUGACCAAGGCUUCCUGGAUGACGUCUGUACUGACAUCAUCCAUCUCGACGCCCAGCGGCUUCACUACUACAGGGGCAAUUAUAUGACCUUCAAGAAGAUGUACCAGCAAAAGCAAAAGGAACUGCUGAAGCAAUAUGAGAAGCAGGAGAAAAAGCUGAAGGAGCUAAAGGCGGGCGGCAAGUCCACCAAGCAGGCGGAGAAGCAAACUAAGGAAGCCUUGACUCGAAAGCAGCAGAAGUGCCGGCGGAAAAACCAGGAUGAGGAGUCACAGGAGGCCCCCGAGCUGCUGAAGCGCCCCAAGGAGUACACCGUGCGCUUCACGUUCCCCGACCCACCACCGCUCAGCCCUCCAGUGCUGGGCCUGCACGGUGUGACCUUUGGCUAUGAGGGACAGAAACCACUCUUUAAGAAUCUGGAUUUUGGCAUCGACAUGGACUCAAGGAUCUGCAUCGUGGGCCCUAACGGCGUGGGGAAGAGCACCCUGCUGCUGCUGCUGACAGGCAAGCUGACGCCGACUCGGGGUGAAAUGAGGAAGAACCACCGGCUGAAAAUUGGCUUCUUCAACCAGCAGUAUGCAGAGCAGCUGCGCAUGGAGGAGACGCCCACCGAGUACCUGCAGCGGGGCUUCAACCUGCCCUACCAGGAUGCGCGCAAGUGCCUGGGCCGCUUCGGCCUGGAGAGCCACGCCCACACCAUCCAGAUCUGCAAGCUCUCUGGUGGGCAGAAGGCACGAGUUGUGUUUGCAGAGCUGGCCUGUCGGGAGCCUGACGUCCUCAUCUUGGACGAGCCCACCAAUAACCUGGACAUCGAGUCUAUCGACGCUCUAGGGGAGGCCAUCAACGAAUACAAGGGUGCUGUGAUCGUCGUCAGCCACGAUGCCCGACUCAUCACAGAAACCAACUGCCAGCUGUGGGUGGUGGAGGAGCAGAGUGUUAGCCAGAUCGACGGUGACUUCGAAGACUACAAGCGGGAGGUGUUGGAGGCCCUGGGAGAAGUCAUGGUCAGCCGGCCCCGAGAGUGAGCUUUCCUUCCCGGACAUCCCCCAUCUCCUCUCCAUUCGGAAGCUUGCUCUGGACUACAGCCGGCAUGGCAGCUGCUCGGGCGUGUGAAGGCGGAGUGUGGUCUUCAUGUGACCAGGAUAUUUGAUUGCUUCCUUUUCUCUGAAAGACUCGUCUGUUCUGCUUCUCUUGAGAUAACUGAGUGGGCCUUGUCCUUGAAGUCCCUCUGUACAGGCAGAGGUGACAUUUGUCAUCAUGGGGUUCCAUCCAGCCAGCUCACGCAGCCAGUUGUCUGAGCCUCUGUCCUCACGGGGAGGCUUGCCUCUGGGCCGCCCCAAGCUUCGGGUGCAGCUGCCGCCUGGUCUGAGUGGUGCUGCCCUCCUCCGGUGGAUUCAGUGCUGACCUAAUAGAUACCAACAGCUGCUGCGGCUCCUGCCACCCAGGAUCUGGUGCCUGCAGUAUCUGUUCUGAUGGGGGACUUGGGGACAGGAAAGGAAUGCUGCUGAACUCGAAUCGCCCUUUACAGGGGGAAGAAAUAAAGGAAAGGAGUUGCCGCCGCCUUGUUGCUGUUUGGAGAUUUGUGGAAGCUGGAACUCUUCUGAAUCUUGAUUUGCUGUGUUCGCUUUUCUAGCAGUGGGGGGCAGCCUCUCUUCCCCACCGGUGCAGCCCGGUGCCUCUUGCAAUCUUACCUCACUUUAGGUAGUGCUCGCUGUUUGAGGAGCCUCUCCCUUCCCCCAGCCCUUCAAAUGAGUGCAGGGGAAAGGGAGUCCUCCCUUCUAGCCAGGACUAGGACACUCGGGUUUCUCACUAUCCAAGCUCCACCCUGGGGUUAGGGACCAGAGCGUCUGUCCCCACAGAGUCACUCUGUGCACUGUGGGGUAUACGGGAAGGGCACAGACUGCUUUUGUGCCUAAUCUAGACAGAGAAGACUUAGAAGACGCGAGCGUACAGCGUCGACAUGGGUAAUUGCCGAACGUGCGGAGCUGUAGAUCCUAAGUGGCCUUGAGCUCAUAGAAGAGAAAGGUUGCCCAGAACUUGGUUUUGUGGCAGGAUCACUUGAGGGAGGACCUUGAGAAAUAUUAAGGCUGUUAACCAUGAGCAGGGAGCCAUUUUUUAAAUGUAGGAAAAAGUGCGGAUCUAAGGAAGGAAGAACUGUUUAGGGAGUUAAUGAAGAACAUGGCUGAUGUGGCCACUUUUUUUUUAUUAGUGUUAGAUUGGAGAGACGGGUUUGGAAAGUAAAACCCAAGUGGCAUGUGGUUGGUUGGUGGUCAUUUCAGUGAGUGAGGAGUGAGGUGGACUAUAGAGACUUACAGGACAGGCCCCAGAAACUUCCUAGUGGGGAUGAAGUGAUACAUCCUGAAUUAGGAUGUGAGAGAGGGGUGGAAAGGACGGGCAGGUGGAUAGAGCCAGGUGUGCAAAUUGAAGGGAAAACAGGUGCAUCCACUUCUCAGGGGAACGUGAAGAACCAUCUCAAGGCUUCCUGAGGUGGGAUGUCUUAACUUUGGGAAGUUACGUUCUGGCCAGAAAUAGUACUGGACCUCAGUUACAAGGUUUAUACUGAAAAUUAAGAUUUGGUAUGAAGAUAGUCACAGAGGUAGUACCAUCAGGUACGUGUCCAGCCAGAUUAGAAAGGAUCUUGGAAUUUGAGGGAAAAAAAUCAAGGCCUUAUGCCAGGUAAGAUGUUACAUGUUAAAGUAGUCUCCGUAGUAAGGUCCUUUGUAAAACAAUGAGAACAGCCUUCAAGUCCAUGACUAACGGAGUGACCUUGGACUUAGCCUCUUGGUACCUGUUUCCGCAUUUGUGACAUGAAGGAGAUGAAAAGUGCAUACCUCACAAGGUUACUAAGAUUUCAGAUAAAUAUUUAUAAAGUGCGCUUUUUUAAAAGUUUUGUUACAUGUAUUUCAUGUACAACUUAACACUUUGCACUUCAGUUGUUCAGUUCACUAGUAUAAAUGACACGUAAAACAGAGAGGAAUCUUAUUUGUAAGAUGAACACCAGAAUUUUGCAUUUCAAGUAUUUGAUGCUAAUUUCACUACAAAUACUUCAGAUGCUGAAAGUAACUUCCAUCCACAGGCAGAAGUUUUGUUUGUUCCCUCUAUAUAUAUACUGUUGUAAUGCAGCUAAAUCUGGACAAAAGAAUGCGCUUCUCCAGAAAGGGGAGCCUAACCCAGUGCAGUGUA